CUACUCUGUGGUUUCGUCUUUUACCGGAAAGGUCCGUGUUUACAGCGCAGCUUUUGCUCCACGUUAGCAUCGUUGAUUCGAUGAGCAGUGAAUAAGAAUUAACUUGUGUGGGGUUUUUUUUUUUUAAACCAACAGUUUGAUUAUUUUGUAAAAAUAAAAUACAACAUUUGGUUAAUUUCGUGGCACACCGUGAUUACCAUGAUUGUUUGUAGGCGGAAGGGCGACCGACAAGCACAGCAAUGACCAGCUGGCUAACGUAGCGCCGAGGUUAGCCAGCCAGGCAACUGACGCCAACAGCAGCUAACUUGACACACAGCGGUGGCACAUCCAGUCCAGUCAAACAGCCCACAUUGCCCUGCAGGUGCAGGAACAACCGCGACCAUGGGUGCGGAGAGCAGCGCGGUGCGGAGUUGCACCCUGGAGGAGCCGCUCCUCACCCUGCCCUCCGGACUCACCAUGCACUCGGCUGUGCUCCAGGAUGGGAAGCCCGCAUCCGUGUUUGUCCACAAGCGGGGUAAUGAAGACAAAGUCAACAAAGCUGCUAAGCACCUGAAGACCUUGAGGCACCCUUGUCUGUUGCGCUUCCUGUCCUGCUCAGUGCAGGACGGUGGCAUCCACUUAGUGACGGAGCGGGUGCAGCCCCUGGAGCUGCUGCUGGACAGCCUCUCCCCAGAGGAAAUCUGCGCAGGCAUCUACGACCUCCUGCAGGCACUUGUCUUUCUGCACGAGAGGGGCAAAUCAAGCCACAACAACGUUUGCAUUUCAUCUGUAUAUGUCAGUGAAGAUGGUCAUUGGAAACUGGGAGGGAUGGAGACUGUCUGCAAAUUCUCUGAAGCCACUCCAGAGUUUCUCAUAAGCAUUCGGAAUGUGAGAGAGGCCAGCUGUGUUCCUCCAGAAGAGCAGGUUGAGGGCUUUAAAAUGCUUCCGGAUAAACAUGCUCACUCUCGGGACUGUUACUCUUUUGGAAUGAUGGUGGAGACCUUUAUCCCUCUCCUGAAUGGCUAUGUGUUGCAGGAGCUGUCUGACAGCCUGAAGAAGACCCUGCAGACAGGCCUGCUGAACUCUGAUCCUUUGUCUCGACUUCCACUGAGCUCCCUGCUGACUCAUGACUUUUUCAGGAAUGACUUUCUUGAAGUGAUGAAUUUUCUGAAGAGCCUGACUUUGAAGACGGAAGAAGAAAAGAAUGAAUUCUUUAAGUUUCUUCUAGACCGGGUCCCGAGUCUCCCUGAAGAGCUGAUAGCUGCACGCCUUGUCCCCAAACUCCUCAACCCUCUCGUUUUUGCAGAACCCAUGGCUGUCAAAAGCUUCCUGCCUCAUCUUCUAAGGCCAAAGAAGGAUUCCAAUGGUGGUGGUAGUGGUGAAGAAUGCCUGCUGUCUGUGACCCUUUACCGUAAACAUGUGAUUCCUCAGCUUCUCAAGCUCUACAAGGUUAACGAGGAACACGUGCGGAUCGUGCUGCUUGCUCACAUCCACAUCUACGCCGAGUUCUUCUCCCACGAUGAGCUCAAAAACCAGAUCCUGCCUCAGGUUUUGUUAGGGAUGAGAGACACCAAUGAUUCUUUGGUUGCCAUGACGCUGCAGAGUUUGGCGGUGUUGGUGCCCCUGCUGGGAGCUCAAGUGGUGGUUGGAGGAGAGAGAACCAAGGUCUUUAAACGCACCACGCCCAACUUCACCAAGUCGACGGAGGUCACCCCUGAAACUUCACCUGUCCAUAUAGUUGGAGGUUCCCACCCUCAGUUGGCCCAGCCUUCCAAAGUCUUGAAUUUAUUUACCAGACCGUCAGGGACUGAAGGGCUGGUCCUGGGUAACAUUGGUAGUUUAGCGAGUAGUAGGGAGACUCCAAGAAGGUACCCCCUGGCAACAAAAUCAGACGGGAGUAGACAGAUGUCUCUACCUUUGAACGGCCUUCAUCAGGUCAGUGAGAUGUCAUACAGCCCAGAGCAGCCAGAUAGACUAGAAGGCCCAGUGGAAGACUGGCCUGACUGGAGCGACCCUGAAGAAAGCAAGAACAGAGAUGGAAAGUCAGUCCAGAUCCACAUUCAGGCUUCAAAGAGAGUAGAUCAGGUCAGCAGCAGACGACCACUCUCACACCAGAACAUUGAAGACGAGCCAUGGGAGGACUUUGAGGACACUGAACCUACGUCAGAUCUCUCCCCGACUGCUCCUUUAUCAGACCCAGUUAUACUCACACCACCCAGAGGGGGCACUGCUACUUCACCUGUAAAACAUGCUCCUGAAGCACUGAGACUGGGAUCCUCCAAACCCCUAAAAUUGACCUCAACACUGCGACAAUCCGCACAGAGCAACAUCACUUCGUCGUGGGACAAUGACUGGGCUCAAGAGGGGCGGGACUGUGAGAAAUCACACAGUCUAUUCAACCCCAAACCCAAACCUACAGUGCCACAAAAGUAUGGCGGGAUAGGAGGUUUAGGGGAGGAGUUCACCAUUAAGGUGAAGAAAAAGGUAGAGCAAGAUCCAGAGCUGGAUUUGUUUGCUGACAUGGUGCCAGACAUCAAGCUGUCUUCUCCAGCUCUGCUGCCACUGGAAGAAAGCUUUGUAAGUGAUGCUGGACUGUCUACAGCAUCCUCAAGAAACACAAAAUCUCUGCAGGUUGAAGCAGCCAUCGAUACCAUAACACUCACUGCCAAGUUCGCAGCGUCAGACCUGACCGAGAUGGAAACAGAUGGCUGGGGAGAUGGAGAUGACUUGAACUGGGAGGACGAGAAUAUCUGGGGAUGAGAACUGAUCCGUCUGUUUCGUCUGGAACAAAACAAUUUAUCACUGGAAAAGUCCACCACCUCUUGAAAUGCCACUUUACAACCAACUGGAAGUUGCUCCAGUUAUCAUUUAACACGAUGCAGUAAGAAUAAUGAUGACAGGAAUGGGCUGAACACUUUUAUAUUGUUCUCUGGGUUCCCGGACACUUAUUAUCAGUAUGGCUGUAAGAUAACUUUCUUUUGGAGUGGAAGGAUUGGCAGCUAUCAGAUGGUAGACUUGGACAAAUGGAGCCACUCUUGUUUGCCAACUGAUUCAAGUCAGACCCGAAAUGAAUGAGGAUCUUAAUCAGAGGUGAAUGUCAUGCUGUUUUCAUCUGCUUCUCUAAAAAUGUUUUAAAUGUGCCAACUUCACUACUGGCAUUAAGAUCACGAAACGCUUUUUGACAAGUUAUAACUUGUCCAAAAUGUGUCAGGUUUAAUUUACAGAAGGCUUGCACUUUGAAUGAAUGUGGAAUAGGAAUUACAUAAUUUAUUAGUAGAUUUUUGGUUGCUGGUGAAAUAAAGAUUUUACUGUAUCAA